AUGGGUUUUGAAGAAGAAUCACAACAACAACAACAAUUAUCACAACCGUCAUCUGAUAACAAUAAUGAACAACAACAACAACAACAAGGUGGAGAUGUAUUAUUAUUAGCAAGAAUUAAACAAUUGGAAGGUCAAUUACAAGUAAUGCAAUCGACUAUUCAAAAUUUGGUUCAAUCUGCUCAACCCCAAAUUCCAAAUCUUGUUCAACAAAUGGAAAAGAUUGGUUUGGAUGGUAGUUUACCCAGUGCUCCUGCUCCUGCUCCUGCUCCUGCUACUGGUGGUGCCAUUCCUGUUCAUGUUUCUGUUGAUCCAAACAACAAUAACAACAACAUCAACAACUUUCCUCCUCAUCCUCCUCAAUCAGCUGAACCACCACGUGAAUACUUUACUUUAAGCAAGGCUGAUCGAAAGAGAUUGUAUUCAAAGGACCAAAGAAGACAUUACAAAAAGAUGGCCAAGAGAGAUAAAAAGAUCUUCAAGGUUGACAAGAAGCUGGAAAAGGGAUUUGGCAAGAUCCACAAAAAGGAGGAAAAGAUCAAGCACAUUUACAACCGUUAUGUUGAAAAGAUCAACAAGAAGCAAAGAAAGUAUGGUGGUGUUUCUGAUUUACAUCCAGUCAUGACUUUUGAAGAGUUUCAAUUAAAGAUGCAACAUCGUCAUGGUCAUGGUCAACACGGAGGUCAUCACGGUCAUGGUCACGGUCCACAUGGAGGUCAUCACGGUCACGGCGGUCAUCAUGGACACGGCCCACACGGAGGUCACGGUCCACAUGGACAUCACGAACACCACAGCGGUCAUCAUGGACAUGGCCCACAUGGAGGUCAUCACGGUCACGGUCCACAUGGACACCACGAACAUGGCCCACACGGAGGUCAUCAUGGACACGGUCCACAUGGAGGUCACCAUGAACAUGGUCCACAUGGUCAUCCAGGUCAUCACCAUGGUCACCAUGAACAUGGUCAACAUGGUCAUCAUGGUCAUCAUCAUCAUGAGCAACAACCAGCUGGUGGAUACCACUUCCAACAACACACAGCUGCUCCCUUUAGACACGUUGAAGUACCUGUUGCAACAACUGCCAUCCCAACAACCUCUUGUGCUGGCCAGCAACAGUAG